AUGCAAAGUGUAGUGAAAAAACCAGAAAUGAAAAUGUAUUGGUCUAAGAAUCCAUUAGUCACUACUCCAUUUUUCCCGAAAGCUAUGUCAUGCAAACGGUUUGAAAGCAUCAAACGAUUCCUACAUUUUACGAACAAUGAAACUUACAAUCCCGAUACGCACCCAAAUCCGAAAUUGAACAAAAUUUUUCCAAUUUAUGAACUAUUGGUGAAGAAAUUCCGUGAGUUGGUUGUCCCAGAUAAAUAUAUAACAAUUGAUGAAAGUCUUUUAUUGUAUAAGGGGCGAUUGGGUUGGAUUCAGUACAUACCACUAAAAAGAGCACGGUUUGGGAUCAAGACUUACAUGCUGUGCGAGUCUAAAAGUGGCUACGUGUGGAAUUUCAUCAUUUAUACAGGUCAGGGAACAAUAAUUGAUCCUGAUUUUCUUCAUUUGAAUCUAGUGUCUGCUAAAGUGGUUAUGUCUCUCUCUAAAGAACUUUUAGGGAAGGGAUAUUGCCUAACCAUGGAUAAUUUCUAUAAUAGUCCGCAACUUGCUGACUUGCUAUUGCAACACAAAACGGAUGUAUAUGGUACAUUGAAAUUGCAAAGAAAGGAAGUUCCAGAAGGGCUACGGAGAAAGAUUCAGAGAGGCGAAAUAAUAGGUUAUCAACGAGGAAAAGUUACUGUUAUGAAAUGGAGAGAUAAGAAAGAUGUAUGCUUAUUAUCAACGGUUCACAAUAUCGACACCCAAGAAGUGGCAACAAAGUCAGGACCAAAGAGAAAACCAAAGGCUGUAAUGCAGUAUAAUGACACGAUGGGGGGUGUUGACCGUGUAGACCAGCAUUUAGCUGAUUAUGCUUUGCCGAGGAAACGGGGCAAGAAAUAUUAUAAGAAAAUAUUUUUCCAUCUUCUUGAUCUUGCCCUAUGGAACUCUUUCGUCCUUUAUAAAAUGGAAGGUGGUAAAAAAUCGGCACUUACAUACAGAUUAGAUAUUGUCAAGUUGUCGAUGGAAAAGUACCACAAGAUGGAGUUUUCAGCAAAAAGAGGUCGACCGUCUACAGUUCUACCUCCAUCUCGCCUAACUGGGCGUCAUUUUCCAGAGUAUAUACCAGCUACUGAGAAGAAGGCCAACCCCACAAGACAGUGCGGAAUUUGCAGCAGGGUAAGGGACGCAAGAGGCAAAAAAAUUCGGCGAGAAAGCAGAUACUGGUGUCCAGACUGUGAUGUAGCUUUGUGUGUAACCCCAUGCUUCCGUGUUUACCACACAGUGGCAAACAUUUGA